GCGUCUGCUGUCGGUGCCUCCCGCACACACCCAGUCCGCGCCGCCGUGUCCGUGUCCUCGUCUGCUCCGCACCAUGACUGCCGGCUGGACGCAGCAGCAGGUAGCCCGCGCCUGGACGGGCUCGCCGCUCACCAAGGACUUCCGACACCUCCUGCGCAUCCCGCCGCAGUGGCAGAAGCGCGUGUCCCGGCUCGACCCCGUCAUCAAGUUCGUGAAGCCCAAGGACCGCAUCAAGUACUGGAACAUCAUCCCCGGUGACCAGGUCCGCCUGCGCAAUGACAGGAGCGGGAAGAUAUACCAGGUCAACAUGAUUAACCGGCUGUCGAAUAGGAUCAUGUUGAAGAUGGAGAUGGACACCGUGAGUGAAACAACCGGGACGCGAAAGUCCAAUGGAAAGUCGGUACCAUACUCGAAUUGCCAGCUGUUCAUGGGUCAAUUUGAGUUCCCGGCAGAGGGCGACUCAACCCAGGCACAGACCAAGCCUGUGUUUGCCUUGCGCAUGGCCACGGACAACCACAGAUGGGCGGGUUACUACUACACUUGGGACCGGUAUGCUUCUGCGACUGUGCCCCGGCUACCACACUAUAUGCCCGGCGAGCGGGUUAGGGAACUCAUCGCAUGGCCAAAGAAAUCCAGACACAUACGACCGGAUCCUGGUCCGGAUGACACAUCAGAAGAUGUUGUGAUGCGAGUCACCUACACUCCCCCAGCUUUCCCCGUCUUCACUGGCUUGGCCGACCCCCAACCGAAGGCGCCCUCUGAGCAUGAAUACAUUGCUGCCGCACGUAAGCCCAACGACGCCUCGUACGACGCCUCCCAGGUGUUCGAGGUUUUCCUCGCCAAGGAGCUCGCGAACCCGCACUCGCGCGCGAAGAAGCAGGCGCGGUGGCAGUCAUAUCAUCUCUAUAGGCGAUCGCUUCUGCAGAAGUUCAUUAAGGAUGAGCUUGCGAACCUCGACGGGCGGACGCGGCGCGAGGCACAAGCGGAGGCGACGUGGAAGUGGCGGCACGAGCUGGUGCAGGAGCGCAGGGCGGAACUCAAGCGCAGGUGGAAGAACCGCGGCGCGGAGGCAAGCUUGCACCGCAAGAAGACGAGGAAGGUGCGCAAGGAGGAGAAGCGCAAGGAGCGUCUGCGCAAUCUCGUCCUGGAGAACGGCCCGAACCAGGUCAUUCCUCGCUCUGCGAAUGCGAAGAGCCGUGCGUGAUGCCGGAUUCGUCGCGAACCACCCCAAAACACCGUUCUGUGUCCUCUACAUACAUUACGCUAAUUUACCGCUUUGGGCUUAUGCACAUGGGCCGCACUACUGUGUCCUUCGCCGGUGACCGCUCCGAUGUGAUUGUUGCCUCCAUACAGUCAGCUGUCCGGUAGGCUUAAUGCCUCGUAUGCUU